UGGCAGAGAAGGCGUAAAAUCUUUUUCUCCCUGACGUGUACGAUCGUGAUUCAACAAUUAACUCCGUCCUUCUUCUUCUUCCUCUUGCGAUUCACUCAACCUCUCCGCCCAAUUUGGCCAUGUCCGCAUCGCCGUGGAAUUCAUAGACUCACUCUCUGCUCUCCAAUUCCACUAAGCAAUUCUUCUACAAAUGGCUGAAACUCCAAACGCCUCAACGUCCUCACCAAAACCCUCUACCAUGGACCCUCAAUCCCAGCCUUCCCAAAAUCCAAACCCAAACCCAAACCCAAUCCCUAAUUCAAAUCCCAACCCUUCAAUGUCAGCGCAAUCGCCUUCGAUCUCAAACUUCUCUCAACAACAAUCCCCUUCAAUUCACAAUAUCUCUUCCCCUUCUCUCCCCCCUCUCCCCCAAGACCCUCAGCAAUCGCAGCAACAGCAACCACAACAGCAGCAGCAGCAACAGCUUCAGCAACAAUCACAGCAACAGCAACAAACGCAACAGCAGCAACAACAGCAGCAGCAACAGUCGCUUGUGAUGCAGCAGUCUCAGGGGAUGACCAUGAACCCUAUGUCCCAAUUCCAACUCCAGCAGACCCUCCAGCGGUCCCCUUCGAUGACGCGGGUCAAUCAAAUGCAGUCUCAGCAGCAGCAGCAGCAGCUUGGCGUUAUGCGGCAGCAGGCUGGGUUGUACGGCGGCCAAAUGAAUUUCGGCGGUUCUGCUUCGGCGGCAGCUCAGCUGCAGAAUCAGCAGCAGCAGCAGCAACAACAGCAGUUGGGAGGGUCGAGUCUUUCGCGCUCGGCUCUGAUGGGGCAGAGUGGGCACUUCCCUAUGUUGUCUAGUGCUGGAGCAGCGCAGUUUAACUUGUUGUCCUCGCCAAGGCAGAAGGGUGGGCUAGUCCAGGGAUCGCAAUUCUCAUCAGCUAAUUCUGCUGGACAGCCACAUCAAGGAAUGCAAGCAAUGGGGAUGAUGGGGACGCCAAAUCUCAGCUCGCAACUAAGAGCUGCUAAUGGAGCCAUGGCAUAUGCUCAGCAAUUGCGAAUAAGUCAAAGUCAGAUGAGGCAGAAUUCACUUAGCUCUCAGCAGGUUCAAGGCUUACGGUCGUCGUCAUCCUUGGCCUUUAUGAAUUCCCCGUUAUCUGGCUUGUCUCAGAAUGGACAGCCUGCAAUGAUUAAUUCUUUAACACAGCAACAGUGGUUUAAGCAAAUGCCUGCAAUGUCAGGUCCUGGCUCACCAUUGCGUCUUCAACAGCAGAGGCAGCAACAACUGGCUUCACCUGCGGCUCAACUGCAACAAAGUAUUACCUUGAAUCCACAUCAAUUGUCCCAGUUAAUGCAGCAACAAAAACCAAUGGGGCAGCCUCAGCUGCAGCAACAGCAACUGCAACAGCAGCAGCAGCCACCCCAGCAGCAGCAGCAGCAACAACUUCUACAGCAGCAGCAGCAACAACCGUCUCAACUUCAAGCAUCUGUUCAUCAUCAUCAGCAGCAGCAGUCUCCAAGGAUGUCAGGACCCAUGGGCCAAAAGUCACUUAGUCUUACAGGAUCACAGCCAGAUGCUACUGCAUCUGGCGCAACUACCCCAGGGGGAAGCUCAAGCCAAGGAACUGAAGCGACAAACCAACUCCUUGGAAAAAGAAAGAUACAGGAGUUAGUUGCACAGGUUGAUCCACAGUGUAAGCUGGACCCUGAAGUUAUAGACCUUUUUUUAGAGCUUGCUGAUGACUUCAUUGAUGCAGCGACAACACAUGGUUGCAUGUUGGCAAAACACAGAAAGUCAUCCACUUUGGAGUCCAAGGAUUUAUUGCUACACCUAGAGAAAAAUUGGGAUUUGAAGAUACCAGGAUAUUCAAGUGAAGAUAAAAAGAAUCAAGGCAAACCUCUACAAAAUGACCUACACAAGAGGCGCUUGGAUAUGAUUCGUUCAUUGAUGGAAUCAUCACAUGCCGAACCAAGUAUGAACAAUUCUAAAGACAUAAGUAGACAGGGCAUUCCUAACCCUGUUGGUGGCCACCACCUAAUAAGGCCCCUGGGUUCAGAGCAAUUGCUUUCUCAUUCAACUAGCUCUCAAAUGCUACAGCAAAUAACAAGGUUUCAAUAGUGAUGAUCGUAGUUCUUGGCUUCAAGCUUUUUGUUUUAACGGCCUCUAUAUUGGUUGGAAGAGUUUGCUUGCUGUAACAGAUUAGCUUACAAGGGAAUUGUAAUUAUUCAGUUUUUAGGUAUGAAUUAGGUGUUAAAGGAUCCCCAGUAACUGGCAACAUCCUCUUCCAUCUCCUCAAUAGUCGUCCCCUUUUAUCUUUUUUCCACUGUUUGAGCCAAUUUUAUUAUGGAUUUGUAUUGUUGCCUGCCUAGUUCAGUUGUAAUUUAAGCAUGCUUUAUUGAUUGGAUUUACUUUUUAUUUA